CACAUACUCGACGAGGCGAGUAAUGGCCUCGUCAUAUUGCCGAUCGGAAGAAGACAUGGUGCCAAAAGCGCACGGGGAGGGUUUUUCCAGGGUGAUAGGGUUUGACGGAAAUAUUUGGAUUGGCUCAGCGAGGGACGAGGGAAGGAUGGCGAACAAGACGGACUGAACAGGAACCGCCUUUUAUGCCAGUCGGGCAGAUCGUGUCGGACCGCGGUCCUUUGAUCUACCGUGAUAGUUGCUGCAGGCCGUCACUAGUGGAUGGAUCGAAGCUUAACUGUCGAUCUCGGGCUAUCCAGUCGUCCUUGUGAACUAUUCCGGCCGCGACUGUGGAUUCUCGGACAGACGGCAGCUGGCAGGACGAGGUACAAAUAAGAGCUUCAGAUCCGAUCCAGACAGAACAGGAGCAACAGCGGCAACCUUCCUUUGCAAUCCAUCCAAUCCUUCUUCUCCCUCUUUCAUCAUGGCAUACACACUGGCAUCCUGGCUGGGCCGGCUCUUCGACGCCGGCAAGAGUCUGCUGCCGCUUCAAGGCAACUACAUCAAUGCCUUGCUGGAGCAGGAGCUGUCGGGGGAGCGUGAGGGCACGCUGACCGUGCGGGACAAUCGCACGGGGUCCAAGUACACGAUUCCCAUCGUGCGCAACGCGGUGCCCGCCAUGGGCUUCCGUCAGAUCUGCGUGGACCGGGCCGGCAAGAGCCCGCGACAGCAGUUUGAGGAUGGCCUCCGGGUGAUUGACCCUGGCUACCGCAACACGGCGGUGAAGAUGUCCAGCAUCACCUACAUCAAUGGUAACGAGGGCGUCAUUCUGUACCGCGGACAUCCUCUGGCCUCCCUCAUCGGCAAGAGUUACGAGGAGAUCACCCACCUGCUCAUCUGGGGCUCGCUCCCUACGCCGGAGCAGCGCUUGCGAUUCCAGCGCCGGAUCGCGCAGGCCAUGCUGGUGGUGCCGGAGAACGUGAAGCAGCUUGUGGCCACCUUCCCGCGUACGACCCCACCCAUGGUGAUGCUUGGGGCCGUCCUGACGGGCUACUUGGCGGAUCAGCCCGAGCUCAUCCCGGCGCACGCGGGUGCCAACCUUUACAACCGGCGGCCGGAGAUGGUCGACGAGGAGAUCAUCCGCACCUUGGCGAUCACCGCGGUGGCUUCCUCGCUGGUGCACUGUCACAUGACGGGGCAGACCUACCGGGGGGCAGACCCGAACCUGACGUACAUUGAGAACAUCCUGUACAUGGGCCGGUUCGUGGACAACAACCCGGCCGUGACGCGGGAGAAGGCGGCGGAGAUCCUGACCAAGGCGUGGUCACUGUACGCCGACCACGAGAUGACCAACUCGACGUCGGCCUUCCUACACACCUCGUCGACGCUGACGGAUCCGCUGUCGUCGAUGGUGUCGUGCGCGAUGGCGGGCUACGGCCUGCUGCACGGAGGCGCGAUCGACGCAGCCUACCGGGGGAUGCGGGAGAUUGGCGGGCCGGAGAAUGUGCCCAAGCUGAUCGAGAAGGUGGUGAACAAGGAGUGCCGGCUGUCGGGGUACGGACACCGGAUCUACAAGCAGGUGGACCCGCGGGCCAAGUACGUGCGCGAGAUGCUGGACGAGCUGACGCGGGACCGGGACAUUCGCGACAUGGAUCCGGUGCUGCAGGUGGCGAUGGAGAUCGACCGGAUUGCCAGCACGCACGAGUACUUUGUGAAGCGCAAUCUGCAGGCGAACGCGGACUUGUACGGCAGCUUUGUGUACACGGCGCUGGGCAUCCACUCGCAGUUUGCGACGGUGUUGGCGGCGUGCUCGCGGGUGUCGGGCGUGAUGGCACACUGGAAGGAACAGACGGAACGGGCUCCGGAUUUGUGGCGGCCCUUGCAGGUGUAUGUGCCCAACUGAGGGAUUGACGGAUGGAAUUGUACAGGGAUGGGUCAUUGUUCGGAGUAAUUUGUUUGCUAGGGGUUUUUUUAGGUACAUCUCUCAUACUCGGGAAUAAUCGAUGCGCUUUGUGCUUUUGCUUAAUGUGAUCGGAGAUAGAAGCGCCGCGGAUCGACGCAUCGACGCAAUAAUGGGGAUCGAA